GCCGAUCUCUUUCAUUGUUUCCCACUCGAAUUCAAAUUGAAAUCUUAACCCUAAUUUCUCGAUUUCCUUUAGCUUCUCAAAUUUUCUCGCGAAAAUGUCAGGCCGUGGAAAGGGUGGUAAGGGACUCGGAAAGGGAGGUGCAAAGAGGCAUAGGAAGGUUCUUCGUGAUAACAUCCAAGGUAUCACAAAGCCAGCUAUUCGUAGAUUGGCAAGAAGAGGAGGUGUGAAGAGGAUCAGUGGUUUGAUCUAUGAAGAAACCAGAGGAGUUCUCAAGAUCUUUUUGGAAAACGUCAUUCGUGAUGCUGUUACAUACACUGAGCACGCAAGGAGGAAGACUGUUACCGCCAUGGAUGUUGUUUAUGCUCUUAAGAGACAGGGAAGAACCUUAUAUGGAUUUGGAGGUUGAUUAAGAAUCAUUCAUUUCUUUAUUGUUAUUAGCUUUAGAUUUGUAAUAGGAGUGUGAUUGUAAUUCUUGAAUCUUGUGAUGAUGUUUAGGUUAAUUGCGAGAUGAAAUUCUCAAUGAAAUCACAACAUACUCAAUUUACACGGUUUGAAAUUGAAAUCUAAUGAAAACCAGUGCUUUUUGUUGA